GCAAACAUUGUUUAUGAGUAUUUAUGUUUGGAUAAACAAAUCGAUCGAUAUUUGGGGUACUUCUGUGGCCUUGGACUGAUUUAUUUGGAUGAAAAAGUGGACUGUUUGAGGCUUCUCCAGUUGGCAUAACCUGUGGGCUUUUUUUCUUGCUGAUUUUGAGAAGAAAUUUGACAAUUCGCGUUUGUUAGUUUAUUCUCGGGGUUUUGAUCAGUCCUCGAGAUCUUUUAGGGGUGGAGUUUCAUUCGGUUAAACGUGGUCGAUUCAUUUUUUAGGUUUCGGUAUAUAUUGAUAAUAUAUUUCGGGAUUCAUUGAUCCAUUCGUUGGAGAAUUUGUCGAAGGAGCGAACGGAUUUGUAAUAAAAUAUCAAGAUGUGGCGAGUUACGAUAAUAUCCCUCGUCGUGAUCUUAGGAAUAGGUUUCGAAGCUUCUGCUCUCAAGGAAGGAGAGUGCGAGGUUUGUGUAGCGACAGUUAAAAAAUUCGCUGCAACAUUGAGCGAAGAUGUGAAGAAGGACACGAAAAAAAUAGAGAACGAGUUCAAAAAAUUCUGCAAGGGUUCGAAGUCUAAGGAGAAUCGGUUUUGUUAUUAUUUAGGCGGUUUGGAAGAAUCAGCAACAGGAAUUCUUGGAGAACUCAGUAAACCACUCUCUUGGUCACUGCCAGCUGAUAAAAUCUGUGAAAAACUCAAGAAAAAAGAUGCACAAAUUUGUGAUCUCAGAUUUGAGAAACAAAUUGAUCUGGAUACGGUAGAUUUGAAAAAACUAAAAGUUCGUGAUCUCAAGAAAAUCCUGAAUGACUGGGACGAGACGUGUGAGGGGUGCAUCGAGAAAACGGACUUUAUAAAGCGAAUCGAGGAGCUCAAACCACAAUAUUUCAGCCCCUCAAAAACCGAACUAUGAAGACUUGAUUAAAUCCACAAUUCCUCAUAAUUUCCUCCAUUAGUCUUCUUAUUUCUCUCAUUUAGCUCAAUGUCACAAUAAAUUCAUCAUAAAUCGAAUGCCAGUAUCAGUGUUUAUAACCGAUUGACGAGUGUGAAUGAAGAGUGAAAGAAAUCGAAUAUUUAUAAAUAAAAAAUUCCAAAUUUCAUCGUA